GCAAGGAAUGUUAUCAAACCAUUAACCAAAACAUAAUAAUAUCUCAGUUACCUUCACAAUAUAUCAAUUCUCUUCAAAAUCAGAAGUCACAAUGAAGAACUUACUCGGUAGAAAUGAGGUGGGUGUUCCCAUGAGUUCAGCAGUAUACUCAUUUGAACGGCAGCAAAAAAGACUACUGUCUCUAUCUGCUUGCCAAGACCAUCUUCCAUCUGCAACUUCAAAGCACUUAUCGAAAAUAAAGCAAAGAAAAUCUGUAAUUAGUAAGAUGAACAAACUUGGAGAAAGGAUGGACUGUCUUGCACAAGGCAUCCGCGAGCAUGUGAGCCUUAGCCCGAAGCUAACGGAAACUGUGAAGGGAAAAUUGAGCCUUGGGGCAAAAAUCCUUCAAGUAGGAGGGUUGGAGAAAAUAUUCAGGCAGAAGUUUAGUGUUAGAGAUGAUGAAAAGCUAUUGAAUGUUUGUCAAUGCUAUUUAUCAACUACAGCUGGUCCAAUAGCAGGCCUUCUCUUCAUCUCUACCGAAAAGAUUGCUUUCUGCAGUGAGAGAUCAAUAAAGCUCUUAUCUCCAACUGGAAAGUUGCUUAGAAUCUACUUAUAAGGUACCACUCUGCUCCGUUUUUCUUCCAACUCUUAAUUUGUAUCCACUUAAAGCAUAAUCUAAUAAGUCGGUUCACAAUUGCAGGUAUCAAUCCCAAUAAGUAAGACAAUGAAAGCAAAAGAGAGUGAAAAUAGGGAAAAACAAUCACAGAAGUAUAUACAAGUAAUUACAGAGGAUGAUUUUGAGUUCUGGUUUAUGGGAUUCCUUAAUCAUCAAAAGACUCUGAGAUAUCUGCACCACGCAAUUUCAAGUACUUCAAGCAGCUAACAUGACAACAUAUUUUCCAUUCUUUUUUCUUUUUUUUUCUUCUUACUUGCAUUCAUCAAUGGAAAAUGUUGAUGCAAAACUAAUGUACAGAUCUGUUGAAACUUGUAGUUAGCUCCUUCGCUCAAAGGAGAUUUUAGGUGUUUUAGGCUGAGCUGUUAACACAAAUGUAUAGACUUAUUGUGAAAGUAAUGCAGUCAGAAGGCUAAUUCAUCUUUUGGGACUUCGCAUCGUGAUCACUUCCUAGCAAAUCGCACUGUUCGUCGAAAGACAUAUUUAAGAUAUUAUGGAAGU